CCUUUUUUGUUUAAGGAGUGUCUGUUACACAUUAUUUUAUUAUUUAUUUGUUUUGAGUUUUGAAAAAUUGUCAAAUACUAAUUAAGGUCCGGAAGAUCAUUGCAAAAGUCAAAUAUUUUCGACAUUUUAAUAACCCAAGUGCCUACGAUUACUUUAUUCACAAAAAGAAAAAAUAACGAUCACAAUGCAAAAAAAUCGGGACUAUGAAGGCGUUCCACAGGAUGCACCACCAAUUGUGAGGCAGCCUCGUGCCUUAAUAUCACCUCAAGAAACUUGGAUGAGCAUUCCUAUUGGCAUGCCUAAUUGUCCCACAGGUUUGGAAUAUUUAACUGCCGUUGACCAGUUGCUUAUAAAGAGACAAGCAGAUUUGGUUGAAGUAUUUUUUGGCUGUGAAAUGAAAAACAAAUCUAAAAUAAAGAAUUCCUCUGGUGAAAAUGUGUAUUUAGCAGUAGAGGAUACGCACUGCAUGACCAGAAACUUAUGUGGUUCCUGUCGUCCUUUCGAUAUACAAAUUUUGGACAAUUUCCAGAAUGAAGUACUACAUAUAAAUCGUCCUUUACGUUGCGAAUACUGUUGUUUUCCAUGCUGCUUACAAACAUUAGAAGUGUCCUCCCCACCGGGGACCGUUAUUGGCAAUGUGGAACAGGAGUGGUCACUGUUCACUCCAACUUAUCUGAUUAAGAAUUCUUACGGAGAGAAUGUUUUGCGUGUAAAACGUCCACGGUUCGCCAUCAAAUGUUGCGCUAAUGUUGAAUUCGAUAUAUUGGCAAUGAAUGGAGAUAAAAUUGGGAAAAUCUGUAAACGAUGGGCUGGUAUGGAGAAGGAAUUGUUUACGGAUGCCGACUAUUACGGUGUUAGUUUUCCUAUAGAACUGGAUGUACGAAUGAAAGCAGUGCUAUUGUCAGCCACAUUUCUCAUUGACAUGUUGCAUUUCGGUUAUUAAGAAACUGCAAUAAAUUACCAAUUGAACUUAGCCAGUACAGAAAACAUUGCUUCAAACUGAUGGGCUUUAAGAAAGCUACAACUUAUACUCAACGCGCACAUAAAUGAUACUUUUCUAUUUUUUAUUGUUACUACUAACAAAGUACUUAAAAGACCUGUCUACUCACAAACUACACCAAAUGAGCUCGAGCAUUAGACUAUGUACAAACUCUUUUUGAUUUGCAAGUACAAUAUAUGUAUUUAUAUUUAACAAGACAAAAGAUAUAAUAUUUAUUUCGCAACUAUUUUCUAACAUUUACACUAUGCUACUUGUAGCAACCUCUAGACCAACGUAAGAUUUGCAAUAAAGUUUCAAUAUUAAAAUUCA